AUGGUAUAUUUUAAGUUGACUAAGGAACUAGUGGAGAUCAUUAAGGAUUCGAGGCUAGAGAAUUUAGUGGGUUGUCAGAAGUAUUGCGACAGACAAUACAUCUCUUUUAAAGAUAUAGAAGCAGUUCUUCAAAAGCUUAAGAAAGAUAUGAAAGAUGCUCAAGAAAAGCUGCAGAAAAAAAUUGCAGCUGAGAGUAAAAAGAAAGGUAAUAAAGAGAUCACAGCAGAAGAUCUAAUGAAUAAUAAAUUCGAUGUCUUGGACUUCAUCAGUAGAGAUAAGAUUACUGAAACUAAAGAAGAACUAGAGGAGGUAAUUGUUAGUCUUAGGAAGUAUGAAAGUAUGGAAAUAAGGUAGAUUACUGAGAAGACUGAGAUCUUAUUCAUUGAUGAGCAUAUCUGCAAUGAUAAUUUGAAGAUCAGAUACGUGGAUGAGGCAUUUAUGGAGCCUGAGGAAUUAAUAGAGGAAAACGAGAAAUCACUUGUGACCUUAAAGGAUUGUGAAAAGAAAUUCGCAGAAGAUCCUGAUGUUAAACAAGCAAGAGAGUAGAGCAAUGAAGUCAUGUUGGAGUAAAUUAAGCUCAGAAUUGAGAAAAAGUAGUAUAGAGAGAUGACGAAGGGACUCAGAGGUGGAGAUGCAUAGGAAUAGGAACUUGAAAAUCAAGAAAAACAAGAAUUCAGAUUCACUUUGGCAUUUGGCUUUGGUUUCAUCAGCUUGAUGUUCUUAUCCUUCAUCUGUGGAUAUUUCCUAGGAUUGCAUAUAUUUGGACUAUCAAUGACAAACAGUUUAAUUAUGAGUCUUGUUUUCGGAAUUUCAACCAUCAUUCUUGAAACUAUCUUAUUCUUAAUAAGAUUGGAUAAAAUGGAUAGAUAAAAGAAGAGAAUUGUCAAAGAGGACUGA